CGUGGGUGGUGGCUGGAGCCUUGCCAAAAGGUCAAAUUUCUUCCUUCUCAUCAGCGUUCCCCAUCAGUUGUGCCCACCAAUUGUCGAAUUCUUGCGGCCGUCUUGUUGAACCAUGGACGCGACGUCCGCGGCAAACCAAUACCUCAAUGCCGGUCGCUACGACGACCUCUCAACUCUCGGCGGCAAGUACAUUCGGCUUCUCGGCAUAGAUACUGCCUCCAGUCACAUGAAGUGUACGCUGAGAACUGUCAAUCUGGACGAACGUCCUCAGUACACCGCCCUCUCAUAUGUCUGGGGCGAUCUGAGCGACAUAAGGUUCAUCGAAUGCAACGGCAGCCCGCUCUGCAACAUCCCUGGACGCGGCCCGGCAGUUUUUGGAUCCAUGCCACCGCAUCUAUGUCUAUCAACACCGAAAGAAACCCUUCAGAAACUUGAGGUUUGGGCCUCCGUUUUCUGAGGAUUUCCUUUUUACAAUUCGGAUUAGGAAACUUCUUUUUGUCUGCCUUCGCAACGCCUUACCUAUUCUUUGUUUUGAUCUAUAUACCUUCGUAUCCUUAUUCUCAAGUAGACGAAUUUCACCUUUCGCCAGCCUUUGUGACGGGUUGAGACCCAUAGAGAGACCAUGCGCCUGAGAGCCCUAGGCACCUGCUUUUCCCUACCAACAGCUCCACACGGAAUACAAAUCAUUAUACGGAGCCUGGACUUAGUUUCUCUCCUUGGAUUAUUCUUCUUGUAUGUAAGGAAACCAUUUGAUUGAGCAUAUCACUGCCGAUCCGUGACAGCCU